AUGACCGACCAAGCGGUAGAGCAGCAGAUGCGAGUCUUAGAAAUUGAAAUGAUGCAAAGCAUGUUUGCGCAUAUGACUGAUUCUUGUUUGGUGAAAUGCAUCCCUCCUCGUUACACUGAUGGAGAUCUAAGCAAGGGCGAAGCUGUUUGCAUCGAUCGUUGUGCAGCUAAAUUCAUGGAAGCGUAUUCGCAUACAGUGAAGACUCUCGGAUCUAUGAACAACCCCGGAAUAAAUCCUCAGUAG